AAGAGAUUGGUUCGGUUUUAACGGAGAAAAGAAUAAAAGAUAAUCGCCGUUGGGACCAAAACUCUCCAUUACGGUCAGUGACGUCACCGCCGGUCAUCAAUGUCAGGCCACACUUAUCCUCUUCUCUCCCACAAAACAAAACUUCUCUUUUUUCGUUUUGUUUGUUUCUAUUCCGAUCUAAUCCUACUCCGGGCCAAUGGAGACGACGCCGCAGUCAAAACCGAGUGUGUCCCACCGUCCACCGGUGGGAAGAGAAGACUGGUGGAGUGAGGAAGCGACGGCGACGCUGGUAGAAGCCUGGGGGAAUCGUUACGUCAAGCUCAACCACGGAAAUCUCCGGCAGAAUGACUUGAAAGAUGUCGCCGACGCCGUUAACUCUAGGCACGGUGAUAACGGCCGUAAGAAGACCGAUAUACAGUGUAAGAACCGGAUCGAUACUUUGAAGAAGAAGUACAAAACAGAGAAAGCCAAACUCUCGCCGUCGACUUGGCGUUUCUAUAACCGCCUCGAUGUUCUAAUCGGUCCGGUUGUGAAGAAAUCUGCUGGUGGAGUUGUCAAAUCAGCGCCUUUUAUAAACCCUAGUCAUCUGAAUCCGACUGGAUCGAAGUCUAAUGGAAGCUCACUUGACGAUGAUGAUGACGAUGAUGAUGAGGUUGGUGAUUGGGAAUUCGUUGCGAGGAAGCAUCCUCGUGUGGAAGAGGUAGAUCUGAGUGAAGGAUCUACGUGUAGGGAACUAGCUACGGCGAUUCUGAAGUUUGGAGAAGUUUACGAGAGAAUUGAGGGGAAGAAGCAACAGAUGAUGCUUGAAUUAGAGAAGCAGAGAAUGGAAGUGACAAAGGAGGUGGAGUUACAACGAAUCAACAUGUUGAUGGAGAUGCAAUUAGAGAUUGAAAAAUCAAAGCACCGGAAACGUGGAGGUGGUUCAGGUAAGCAAUUGUAGAGUUAGAUUGGUGGAGGAACUACCAUGGUGAGGCAAAGAGGAAUUACUUGAAUCUGAAGCUCAUUAACAUUGGAGGGUCCUGUUCUAAUCUGUAGGAUAAAAGUUAGACAACUCUUUAGGAUGCCUUUGUUUGUUUUCUUCUACUUUCUAGCGUUUUAGGGUGUACAUUGUUGUUGUAAUGGAGCAAAUCUUCCUUAACUCUUAGUAGCUGACAAGUAUGAUGUACUUUUGUCAAGUGUCCAUGUAUAAUGAUGGCUUGUGAAUCAAAACCAACAGCUGCUAUGAGGGAUUCUCUUUAGCAGAAAUCAGGACCUGUUUCUGGAUGAACGGUGCUUCUGAUGCGUAA